AUGCCACACGCCACUAGGAACCUGAAAGAAGAGUUCGAGAGGGAUGGCUUUGUCGUCGUGCCAUCCGGGCUCAGCGAGGAACAACUCGAAGAACUCCGUACAGCAAGCAAAAAUGUUGCCCAGCUGGCGAGAGAUGGCAAGUGGCCUCACAUUCGCACUCUGCCACGCCAAUUCCCACCGUGGGCAAACGACCCAUCUCAGGGCAUCUGGGGUGUCCAACAGCUUAUGAAUCCAGAUUUGCCGGGCCAUGAACUGUUCACGAAGAGCUACUUUAACAACAGCACUAUUGCUACAGUUCAAGAGCUCCUAGGAGGCUGCAAUGAGGACGAGCUGGUUAUGGAACUGUAUAAUCUACUGGUGAGGCCAGACGACGAUUUCGAACUUCGUUGGCAUCGAGACGACAUACCACCCACGGCCACUCCGGACGAGGAGAUGGCACGCUUGAGCAAGCCUGCGUUUCAUGCUCAAUGGAACUUCUCGCUUUACAACGAUGCGUCUCUCAUCGUAGUACCACAGUCGCACAAACGACCACUGACAGAUAUCGAACGUGAGGCUGAUGCCCUGGAGCCUAACAUGCCAGAACAACUCUAUGUUCAGUUAAAGCCUGGAGAUAUGGUCUUCUAUAACAAUAACAUUUUACAUCGUGGAGCCUACAAGCACGACAUCGAACGCAUGACCUUGCACGGCAGUAUCGGCCACAUUGAAGGUGGCUCUCUGCGUGCUCGAAACGUCUUACAACAUGGUCGGGGUUGGAUCGAAGGAGUAGAUCUGUCGAGAGUGACGAAGCCAGAGCGAGCGAAGGGAAUGCGUGAUCGACUGCUCGCGCUGGGUGCGGAGCACAAGAAUACUGGAUACUCCCAAGAUGACUGA